CUCGACAAGCUCUCGGAGGUUGCCAAGGUGAACACGGAUGCCAUCCGCUUGGCCCAGGAGGAGAUCUCCGAGUACCGCCGCCAGCUCCAGUCCAAGACCACCGAGCUCGAAGCCCUCAAAGGGACCCAGGAGUCACUGGAGAGACAAAGACAGGACUCGGAGGAGCGCCAUCAUGCAGAUGUCCUGUCCUACCAGGAAACCAUCCAGCAGCUUGACAACGAGCUGAGGAACACCAAGUGGGAGAUGGCAGCUCAGCUCCGGGAGUACCAGGAUCUUCUCAACGUCAAAAUGGCCCUGGACAUUGAAAUUGCUGCCUAUAGAAAGCUCUUGGAAGGGGAGGAAUAUCGGAUCGAAUCUGGCUUUGGGAUGAUCUCCUUCCCCGAGGUGGUCCCCAAGGCUCCCAGCAUCACCACCAACAUCAAGGUGAAGAGUGAGGAGAAAAUCAAGGUGGUAGAAAAAUCUGAGAAAGAGACAGUGAUUGUGGAGGAGCAGACAGAGGAAAUCCAGGUGACUGAGGAGGUCACAGAGGAAGAUGAGGCUGAGAAAGAGGCUGAAGAGGAGAAAGCUGAAGAGGAGGAGGAAGAAGAAGAAAAAGCUGAAGCAGAGGGUGAAGAAGAAGAGAUGAAGUCUCCUGCGAAAGAGGAGGCCAAGUCCCCAGAGAAACCUGAGUCCCCCUCAAAGGAGGAGGCCAAGACUCCAGCUGUCAAGUCCCCAGAAAAGCCACCAACCCCCUCAAAGGAAGAAGCCAAAACCCCAACUGUGAAGUCCCCUGAAAAGCCACCAAGUCCCUCAAAGGAGGAGGCCAAGAGCCCAGCUGUGAAGUCUCCAGAGAAACCCCCAACCCCCUCAAAAGAGGAGGCCAAGAGCCCAGCUGUGAAGUCUCCAGAGAAGCCCCCAACCCCCUCAAAAGAGGAGGCCAAGAGCCCAGCUGUGAAGUCUCCAGAGAAACCCCCAACCCCCUCAAAAGAGGAGGCCAAGAGCCCAGCUGUGAAGUCCCCAGAGAAACCUGCACCCCCCUCAAAAGAGGAGGCCAAGAGCCCAGCUGUGAAGUCCCCAGAGAAACCUGCAACUCCCUUGAAAGAGGAGGCCAAGAGCCCAGCUGUGAAGUCCCCAGAGAAACCUGCACCCCCCUCAAAAGAGGAGGUCAAAACUCCAUCUGUCAAAUCCCCAGAGAAACCCCCAACUCCCUCUAAAGAGGAGGCCAAGAGCCCAGCUGUGAAGUCCCCAGAGAAACCUGCACCCCCCUCAAAAGAGGAGGUCAAAACUCCAUCUGUCAAAUCCCCAGAGAAACCCCCAACUCCCUCUAAAGAGGAGGCCAAGACCCCGGCUGUCAAGUCCCCAGAGAAAGCCCCAAUCCCCUCAAAGGAGGAGGCCAAGACCCCGACCGUGAAGUCCCCUGAGAAAGCCAAAUCUCCUGUGAAGGAGGAGGCGAAGUCUCCACAGAAGGAAGCAGCCCCGGCCAAGGAGCCCACCCCCUCCCCUCCAAAGGAGCCAAAAGCCCCUGAGAAGGAAGAGCAGCCCAAGGAGGCAAAGGCUCCUUCCAAGCCUGGAGCUGAGGAGGGCAGGAAAGAGGAAGCUCCCAAGAAGGAUGUCCCAGCCAAGGUGGAGGAGAAGCCCAAAGAGAAGGCAGCUGCUGUGCCGGAGCCUCCGGCCCCACAGGUGAAGGAAACCACCAAGCCAGGCCCCAAACCUGUGGCAGAAGGGAAGGCCGAGAAGGAGGCUCCACCAAAACCUCAACAGGAGGUUGGCAAAGUGGCUGUGAAGGAGGCUGAGAAGCCAAAGGCCGACGAGAAGGUGGCGGAGCCCAAGAAGGAGAAGGCAGAGCCCAAGAAGGAGAAGGUGGAGGAGCCCAAAGCUAAAGCGAAACCCAAAGAUGAACCCAAAGCCAGUAAAGAGCCCCCCAAGGCCGAGGCCCCCUCCAGCAAGGAGGGCAAAGCCCCGGAGCCAGCACCCACCCCAGGAAAGAAGUGA